AUGUCCGAGAACAUACAAGCAGCUAACUGUGAAGGUCACUGGGAAGAAAAAGAAUUUCUCCUUGAAAGAUCAAGUGUUGACGACAAUACUCCACUUGGCUUUGCGAUUGCCGGUGGCAAUGAUUUACCAAUUGUUAAGAACUUCAUAUAUAUUAUUGUAGUUCGUAUCAUUAAAAAUGGAUUAGCGGAUAUUGAUAAACAGUUGAAACUGUACGAUAUAAUCUUACGCGUAAAUGAAACUGAUUAUUCAAAUAUUAAACAUCGAACAGCUAUUGAGACAUUGAAAAUGUCGGGAAAGCAAGUUUCAUUACGAAUUCGUCGCCUUAAAUCUCAAUUUAUGCAAACUAUCGAGUUAGAACAUCAAAAUGGAAAACUAGGGAUCGCAAUAGAAGGUGGUAUUGGAAAUGAAUAUUUCAAAGGAGAUCAUGGUGUGUUUGUUACUCAUAUCUACAAUCAAAUUAGCAAAGAGUUGAAUAUUGGUGAUCGAUUAAUAGAAAUCUCAUCCAAAAAAAACACGUACGAUCUACGAUUUGUCACACAUAAUGAAGCUCGACAACGAAUUGGGUUAGCAUGUUCAGAUAGUCAGAAAGUGAAUUUAACUGUUAGUAAUCGUGCGCGAGCGUCGACAAGGCUCACUAGAAAAUCAAACAUUCUGCAUCCGGGUCAGAAUAAUCUUCGCGGUACGAAAGACGAAAUAGGCAGAAAAGAUAACCCAGUGAUUUCAGGUCAAGUUCAAUAUGAUGAACGUAAUUAUCGAAACCAAGGAACCUCCCUUUCAAGCAAUGAAAGUAACUAUAAAAUGAUUUCUGAUAGCAAAAUAGUACCGCUGCGCAAGGAUAUAAAUGAACAAAUACGAAUUCAGUCAUUUGAUUUCGAAGAUUAUCAGCGAUAUGAAAGUUACAAUAAAUCACAUGCGAUUGGCUAUCCCACGGAAAGGGCAGUAUUGUCGCCUACUCCUCUUACGGCCGAUUUGCAAAUUCAUCUUGCAGUAGCUCAAAAGACCGGUGUAUUACAGUUUGAUCAAAAAAAUCUAAAAGAAAUUCCACCUGAAAUCUGUUUGAUGUCUGGCUUGCGUACUCUGUCUUUAAAUAGUAACGACAUCCGGCUGCUUCCGGAUAAUUUAAGAAACUUGAUCAGUUUGAAGAAUCUAUUUCUAAAAUAUAAUCAUAUUGAAUCUCUAUCUUCAAUUAUUUUUAAUCAUCAUUUAUCCAAAUUAGAGAUUCUUCAAUUAGAUGGCAAUCUCCUAUAUUCUCUACCUAGUUCAUUUUCUUAUUUGGCUACACUGAAACAACUAAAUCUUUCGAAAAAUAGAUUUUCUACAAUUCCUCAAGCAAUCUUAUAUUUACCGAAUUUACAACUGCUCGAUCUGUCCGGUAACCGUAUCAGAGAAAUUAGGGAUGAAAUCGAAAGUCUCGAAGUAGAUGAGCUAAAUUUAAAUAACAAUCAAAUUUCUCAAAUUUCAACAAAUAUAUCAAAAUGUAAACGACUGAAAAUUUGCCGAUUAGACAAUAACGAACUUAAGUUAAAAUCGAUUCCUACUUCGUUAUUAAAAAACUCUACUGUAUUUCAACUGAAUAUUAACGGUAAUUUGUUUGAACAAAAACAACUUCAACUACUCGAAGGUUAUGAUGAUUAUGAAAGACGAUAUACAGCAAAUCAACACAAAAGAGAUGCAACUGCGAUACUUGCAUCCAUGAAAUGA